UUGAACUAUGACCAAAAGCUAAGCUAAAUAACGGGAAAGCUAGCUGUUUUGCUCGGGGUGUUUUAGCGAUGCGCACAUAAUGUUGUACACAUGUGCUCUGUAGGAGGGGUUUUGCCGUGAAAUGCGACACAACCGACAUCUGUUUGAGCGAGUAACGACAACAUUAUCACAACCACAACAAUGCACUUGUCCUUAGCUCGCUUCACCAAGCCUGUUCUGUACGGAUACUUCAGAAGCUCCUGCUCCUGGAGGGUUCGCAUUGCUUUUGCUCUUAAAGGUAUCGAGUAUGACCAGGUUCCGGUCAAUCUAAUCAAAGAUGGAGGUCAGCAGCUCACACAAGAGUACAAGACAGUAAAUCCCAUGCGACAAGUGCCUGCAGUUGAAAUUGAUGGCGUCACCCUCUCUCAGUCACUGGCAGUAAUCCAGUACAUUGAUGAGACAAGGCCAGGGCCUCGGCUUCUUCCAGCGGACCCAAAGAAACGUGCCCAGGUCCGGAUGAUAAGUGAUCUCAUUGCCUCGGGGAUACAACCUCUGCAGAAUUUAUACGUGAUUCAGAAAAUAGGAGCAGAAAAGGCACAGUGGUCUCAGCACUUCAUCGAUCGUGGCUUUCAAGCUCUUGAGCCCAUUCUGAAGCAAACAGCAGGGAAAUACUGUGUAGGUGAUGAGAUAUCGAUGGCAGACAUCUGUCUGGUCCCACAAGUCUACAAUGCAGAGAGGUUCAAAGUGGAUGUCGAGCAGUAUCCGACUAUCAAAAGGUUAAAUCAAGCCUUACUUGAGAUUGACGCUUUCAAAGUGAGCCACCCGUCUCACCAACCUGACACACCUGCUGAUCUGCGUGCAUAGAAUUACAACUCAGCAGCUCUACAGGCCGUUGAAUAAAGUGCUGUGAAAAUGA